AUGGCAGCAGCAGCUACAGUAUCACCAGGACCUUCGGGUUCCGGUGCUGCAAACACUCCAGACAGUGGAAAAGUUGCCAGAAAACGUAAAAUUGGUUCAGGACGAGAUUCUGACGAUGAUGACAGCCAACAGGGUUCUUUCUCUACUUCCCAAGAUGCAAUUGAUAAAGAAAGAUUUGCCAGUGACAGGCAACAUUCCAUAAGACUAGAAAGUCAUUGUGAAAUUGAAAGACGUCGACGCAAUAAGAUGACUGCCUAUAUAAAUGAGCUCUGUGACAUGGUUCCUACAUGUAGCACACUGGCUCGCAAACCUGACAAACUGACAAUACUGAGGAUGGCAGUGUCACACAUGAAGACAUUAAGAGGAACUGGAAACACCAGUAAUGAUGGAUCAUAUAAGCCUUCAUUUCUCACGGACCAGGAACUGAAACAUUUGAUACUAGAGGCAGCAGAUGGUUUUCUGUUCGUAGUUCAGUGUGAUACGGGAAGAAUUAUUUAUGUAUCUGACUCAGUGUGUCCAGUCCUCAAUCAAUCUCAGUCUGAUUGGUUUGGAAAUACUAUCUAUGAUUUGGUGCAUCCUGAUGACCUUGAAAAAGUUAGAGAACAAUUGUCUACUACAGAUUCUCAAAAUACUGGUCGGAUCUUGGACUUAAAAACUGGAACUGUUAAAAAAGAGGGUCAUCAGUCAUCUAUUAGACUAUGUAUGGGUUCACGUCGUGGUUUCAUCUGUCGCAUGAAGAUGGGCAAUGUCCAGGUGGAUCCUGUGACUGCAAAUCACACUGUACGGGUUCGUCAGAGAAACACUUUUGGCCCGUCUUCUGAUGGCAGUCAUUAUUCUGUCAUCCAUGUCACAGGUUACAUCAAGAACUGGCCACCUUCCAAUAGAGGAGUGCAGCAGAUAGAACGCACCGACGGAGAAGAACCUCACAGUCACUGUUGCUUGGUUGGUAUAGGUCGACUUCAGGUCACUAGUGCCACCAACUGUAAUGAUCUUAUGGGUCCAAAUGCUUCUUCUGAAUUCAUCACUCGACACAGUAUUGAUGGAAAAUUCACAUUUGUUGAUCAACGGGUAACAGCAGUUUUAGGUUAUCAGUCACAAGAACUUCUGGGUAAAUCUGCAUUUGAUUUUUAUCACCCAGAAGAUCAAGCACAUAUGAAAGACAGUUUUGACCAAGUAUUAAAAUUGAAAGGUCAGGUGAUGUCUAUUAUGUAUCGUUUCCGUGCAUCCAACCGAGAAUGGAUAUGGUUAAGGACAAGUAGCUUCAGUUUCCAGAAUCCUUACACAGAUGAAGUUGAAUACAUUGUCUGUAAUAAUAGUUCUGCCAAAAGUGUUCAGCAAGGAACUGCUACUGCCCCGACUAUACCAAAUCCUUCUGAUCAAAGUUCUGAGCCUACUCCAACAAUCAACACAUAUGCUGCUCCUCGUGGCCUACCUACGGACUCUUUAGGUCUGAGGACAACCAAUGUCAAAACAGAUUAUCGUGACCCAUAUCACUCAGCAGCAGCAGCUGAUGUCUACAACCGAACAAUCAUUGGCACUAAUCGUAGUACUGUGCCUCAACAAGAUCUCUAUAGUUAUAAUUCUCAAUCCACUAUGAAGUACCCCAGCCACACUGCUACAGCCACAAUGUCACUUUCUCAAGUGUCACCAGCCACAACUAUGCCAUCCUUGGUUAGACACCCAAACCCAAGUCCAAGUCAGAUGAGUGGUACUGCUUGGUCCAAUCAAGGAGCAUAUACACAAGGACAACCUUCAGCCGACUAUAGCACCAAUCCAGGAUACAAUCAAAUGAGUCCAGACAACAGUUCUCCUGAUCUGCCGCCUGUAGGUUUCAACUUACCAGAUUAUAAAUGUAGCCAGUCCUUAUGGCAACAGUGGUCAAACAAUGGGGGUGAUCAUACUCAACAGGGCUCAUCUCAAGCCAAUCCAACUGCAGCUCAGCAACAACAGCAACAGCAACCUGAAGAAUUUAAUAACAUGUUCCCAAUGCUUGACCAGUCCACUUCAGAGUUUAGUGAUCUUACUGGGAUGUUUAACACAUUUGGAGAAUGA